UCCGGAAAGUCAAAUGGCAGCAUUAAAUAGAAGACGGGAAUCACAAGAUGAUGAAGAUUACUGGAUGAAAUCAACAGUCAAUAAAAAUAAAAGCAAGUUCAACAUUUUUGAUGAUGAUGUUACUGUGGAAACAGCUGAGGACUUGGCCAAAUCCAAGAAACUCUUGUCUCAGUUUGAUGAGGAGGAUGUAGAUACAGUUAACUGGGAUGACACUCCUGUAUCCAAGUCCAUAACAUCCUCAGCAAUUAGUGACACUGCAUCCUCUCUCCCUAAAUCCUCGUACUCUACUGUGCCCAGCACCAGAAAUGUUCCACCUUAUAUGACACAUUCCAGAUCACAGAGUGAAAGCUUUGGUGUGACAGCUCGAGUAUCUUUCACCCCUCCUUCACAGGAGCCCUCGUUUCCUGUUGUACAGUACAGUAAAUCCCAGGAGAAACUCCAGACCCUCAGUUCCUCCACUAGUGCAGUCAGUAUAGAGGACGCAAUAUCCGGUUAUAAAUCUACGAACUCUAGCUCCAGAAAUCAGGAGGAAGAAAUUCAGUACCUGAAGAGGGCACUAAGGAAAGCUAAAGAACUUAAAUUUUCACCAGAAGAGACCAUUAAGAAGAUGGUACUAGGAGAGCCAUAUAGUUUGGAAAUAUUUCGUUACAAGGAGGAAAAGCUACAACUUUUAGACAAAGCAAUACAAGUACAUGAUGGGAAUGCUAUAACUGCUGUGGUUUUAUUCCUGAAACAAACCAUCAAACCCUCACUGUUUAAUCUGGAGCUACAGAGGCGACCUGUAGCUGUCAAUCAUUAUCUCAGCUAUCUCAGGGCCCAUUAUGACUUCAAAGAACUCGGGGAUGUCCUUGGGAUGCUGAACAGAACAGAAGAGGCUGCAAUUCUGAAGUACAAACAAGCUGUGGGUACGUCUGAUGUCAGAGGAAAAAUGGCUGCAUUGAAAGGAUGCUUAAAAGCUCAUUUCCUUCCUGAUCCUGAUUUAACUCAUGAGGCUAAUUUAGUAGAGCAGCAUGCUUCCCUGCUGGAGAGACAAUGGCCAAUAGAGGAUGCUGACAGUAAAGCUGAGGCCCAGGGGAGUCCUGUAUUUAAGCAGCACCCACGUAAAGUCAGCAUCCUAAACAUGCCCCUGAUAACAACCUUGUAUUAUUGCUGCUUCUACCAUGGCAGAGAUGCUGAGAAUCUGUUGACAUCCCCUGUAGCUAUUAAGAAGCAGCACCAGUUAUCAGACAAACAGUACAUAUGGACUGCUCUGUCAGCAAGGUCAAGGUUAAGGCACUGGACAGGCAUUGAGGAACUCCUUACAGCCAAGGGCUGGUUUGGUAGCACUAAAAAUGUAUCAGUGAUUGGUUUUGACAAAGUCUGUGAAAUCUUACAUAAGACAUCAGCUCCGGAAGAGAUAUUGUCAAAGUAUCUGAGAAUGAUAGAUGGCUCCGAGAAACGAUUCAAUCUGGCCAGGAAAUACAAAUGUCAUGAGGUGGUGGUGGAGACUUUGGUAAGUUUACGAGAUCGUGCUGAACUACAGGCAUAUGCUAGUAAAUUACCACCAGGGUCCCAGGGAGUGAAGAUGGCACAGGAUGCUCUUCGUUCCUCGACAAUCAAGUGGAAAACAUGAAGAGACAGAUUGAUGGUGUCUAUCCUGUAGCUGUGAUAUUUGUUCAUGAGAGAACACAGAUUUUAUAACAAUAAUGUUUGAUUUGCUAGACUUGAUCUAGUGGUCAAACUUUGGGCAGCCAGUGGACAAACAGACUAAAAUUUUGAUUGGUAAUACAACCUUUACAAAGAGCAGAAUGUCCACUAUUUAUUCUAUAUCUAGAGUUGUUUGCCAACAAAUGAAGACAGAGAUGAUAAAAAUGGUUAAAAGUUAGAAUGUCCACUAUUUAUUCUAUAUCUAGAGUUGUUUGCCAACAAAUGAAGACAGAGAUGAUAAAAAUGGUUAAAAGUUAGUAAAUUUGUGAUUUGUGUGGGAGACUCUUUGAAAAUCUUCAUCAAAUGUUUAUACUGUAAAUGUAUUACAUGUGGGUGUGUAUUCUCUUGAGCGCCUUUGUCAGGAACCAGCUUCCACUAAAUCAAAUACAUCACCAUACAUAAACAUUAAUAUAUAUAUACAUUUAGAAAUGUACUAAAUCAUGUUGAAAAUCAAUUUCUGCCAAAUGUACAUGCUAAAUAGUAGCAAUUUGUCAAGUUCUUCUAUAAAAGAAUCAUUAGCUACUAGUGAGUACUAGCCACAAUAAGUUUGUUUUAAAUACUGGCAUAUAUAAAUAGAAAUGUACUUUCUACCUUGUGGGAUGAUAUUUGAUACACUGUAAUUGUCUAUAUAUGAACUUUAAACAUGAAUAAGACUAAGGAGUAAUUUAAA